AUGGCGGUGACAAUUUUUAACCAGACCUGUUGGAAUUGUUCAACCAUUCUUCCCCAUUUGAAAACAACUGCAACGACAAAAGGAUACACUAACAUCAGUGAAUUCUUAACGAGAGAUUCAGCGGUCAUUCUCUCGAUAAUCAGCUCCUUGGCGUGUAUGAUAGGAUGCCUUGGAAACUCUUUGGUCAUGCUCGUCGUACAACGAAAUAAAACUUUUCGCACGAUACCCGACCUUUUCAUCACAAGCUUGGCUGUCUCCGACUUCUUCGUGUGCGCACUUUAUUUACCGUUGCGUAUUUACUACUUCUUUCAUACCAUCAGCGAAAGUGAGGGCAAAUCCAAAGCUUUCGACUACGCCAUGAGUUUCCUUGGGCAUACUUCCAUGGUAGCUUCCGCUUCAAACAUGUUUGCGGUCACAAUUGAUCGCAUCAUUGCAAUCAGAUUCCCAUUCAAGUACGUUUUCAUGACAGCCAAACAUGCUGUAGUUCAAAUACUGCUUGUGUGGAUAGUCUCUCUUGCAUUCGGUGUCUUGUACGCUCCUCUCUUGGUGUCCAAUAUGUACAUCGCCCUUUAUUGUUCAGUUCUUCUGAUAACAACAAUGCUCAUGUACAUCUACAUUUUCAUCAUUGCAAAACGAGCAGAAAACAGGAUACAGAACGCUCAGUCAACAUUGGAAAGGACUGUGUCUGAGAAAAAAGUAGCCAAAACCGUUUUCACAGUCGUGGGGGCCUAUAAUUUGUGUUGGCUGCCCAUGCUUCUUCUCCCAGCAAUUGCCAACCCUUCAACGAACCCAGUUCAGUUUGGUAAAGGAUUUUUUUGGGCUCAAACCCUUCUGGUCUGCAAUUCAGCUAUUAAUCCUUACAUUUACUGUAUGAGAAGCAAGAAAUAUCGUGCGGCAUUUGGUAAAAUACUGUACAUUCAGCUUUGCAUUGGUCAUGAAUAA